AGUUGUACAGACGUGAGCUGCGCUGUGGAUUGGUUCUGCAGGGAAAUGCGGGCGCUGUGUGUCUGCACAUGGAUAAUCCAUCCCCCGACGCGGAGUUGGUGGAGCAGAUCAUAUCUGAUCUGUUGGCUGUGCUGAUUGGCAGAGCUUUCUGCCAGCCCUGCUUCUUCUCUGAAGGGUUCAGAACGGUCCACAAUGUCAAGAUCUCGCUCUCCAUCCUGGAUGCGAUGCUUUCAUGGUUUCCCCGAUGCGUUGUGGAAGCUGGGGGAGUGGUCAGUCUUUCAAGCCGGGGGGUUUUGAACGACUUUGGUAAAUCCCCU